AUGAGCGAUUCUGACAAGCGCAAGGUGACAAAGAGAAAGGAUCACACGGAGAUGCAGGACAGGCUUCAUGACCUGAACUUAAACGAUCCAGUUGACACGGAGUCAUCGGAGGUGGACCAGGACAGAGCCACACUCUGGACCAAUAGAAAAGUACCUGAGCUUCCACCAACAUUUAGUGACAAACCACACAACACAGUUAAGUUGGACUCGGCACAGCCAGUGCCAUCUUUUUGGCAAGGACAAGCUGAGCAGCACAGAGAUGCUCUGCCGUCGCUGGUUGGAGAAGAGUUUCCAACCACUGAUGGAGCUGAUGGGGAAGAGCCCACUCACCACGCUGUGAUGGUUCAGACAGACUACAGAGAGAGUGAAGUGCAGACAGACCCAUACAGCCCCGAGUAUGUGCUGAAACCUGGCACGUAUCCCACUGAGCUCCUGCAACUGCGACCAUUAACUUGGGGUUGUGGUUUGCCAGCCGGCCCGGCUGAGGUGGAAAUGAUCAAGCAAGCACGAGCAAAACGAGCUGAAGAGGCCAGACUUCCUCCUCUUAGCGACUUGAGCCAGAUCUACAAGAGGCGGCGGAUGAUGGAGGAGAUGGAGGCCAAGAAAUGGGUUGCCAGAGAGCAAGAAAUCAAAAAGUCACAAGAUUCUCGUCUUGCUGCGUUCAAGGACCAGCUGAGGCAAAGAGAUGACGCUCAGAAAGCAAUCGCAAAUGAGAGGCUAAACCGCUUAUUCAGAAAGUGCCAAAAAGAGAGAGAGGCCGAGUGUAAAAAAAUCAAUACUGAUCACAUCAGAGCUCUAAGAGAAUUGGAAGUGAGGAGGGCAAAUGUGGAGGGAAAACCGAAGCGGCGUGACAUUGUCACCGAUUUUUGUUCCCUUCAGACCCACAAGAAAGUAUUCCCCAGCAUCAUCGAGAAGAAGUACACAUAUGAAGAGUUGGAAAGAAUGGAAACAUCCCUCAAGCCACUGUGGACAAGCCUCAUGUCAGAUGACAUCAAGGCUAGGUGCAAGCCUCGUGUGAACAAAGCUGUGGAGCUACUGAAUAAUUACAAGGCUCUGCUGGAGGAGGAGAAGCAGGUCAAGGUAGAAAAGCCCCUGCGGUUCCUUGUCAAAAAGGAGAAGCCUCCUCCACGUCUUGUUACCCCCAGAGUAGAAGCCCCUCCAGAGGGAGAAGAGGAAAAAGAGCUUGCAAUAAUUGCUAUACAAUCAAUGCUCAGACAUAUACGAGUCAGGUCUGAGGUGACUGAGGGCGUAAAAAACAAUCAGAUGCUCAUAGAGGAACUACUAAUGGCAAAUCCUCUCACCCCGGAGGAUGAGGAGAUACAGAGAGCUGACAAAGAGUUUGUGAUGGCCCUGCAAAAAGAGAGAUACGAGCAAAGAGAGAAGAUCGCCCAGGAGGAAGAAGCUCACAACAAACUGGUGGGUGCAGAGCUCGCACUUCUGUUCGACACCUUAGCCAAGGAGCGCAUCCGUCAACAGGAGGAGUACAAGAUCCACACUUUUACUGCGCUGGCUGAGGGAGAGAGGCGACGGCGAGAGGCUGAGGAAGGCGGGAGGAGACAAACUGAUGAGCAGAGAUGCAAAGAAAACGACGAGAUUUUACAACACGUAGCGCAGGUGCGCCAGGAAAGUGUGGACAUGUUUUUGGAUGACAUCAUCUCAGAAAACGUGGAGCGGUUUGCUGAGGAGAAGGCCAGAGAGGAGAUCCUCACGAGGGCAAAGGAGCUCAACGAUGUGGCUUAUGCCUUGGAGGAAAGCAGGGACAGUGUUCAGUCAGAGGAGAUCGUGUCAGAGCUGGUUUACAGCUUUCUUAUUCCAAACGUUGAGAAGAAAUUUGUCAGAGUCCACCUGAAGGAGCAGGCGUGCCUGCAGGCAGCUCAGAGCAUCGUUCAGGAGAUCAUAGCAGCUGCUGGGAACCAUCCUGAGCAAACAUCAGAGAUUACUUGUUCUGCUCAAAAAAGCUCUGAUCAAGACAUGAAGGAGAUCCAGAGAUGA